AUGAUCUCAAGAAGCUUCCCCUUCUUGGAAUAUGCGGUAAACCAUAUUCUGCACCAUUCUAAUGCUGCACAACGCCUCGGAGUUUCGCAGGUGUCGUUAUUUCAACAUUUAGUUCUGGGAAGGUGGAUCCCCAUCUACAACGCUUUUCAAAAACAUUCAAUUUAUAUGUACAAUCUCGACGUCCACAUCCUGUAUAUUCUUUCGGCACAAGGAGCGGAGGCUCUCAUAAGAGUUCAUCCCGAGAGAUCUCAUCACCUAUCGCUGAGAGGUGGCCGAUUCGAAUACCCGAUACUUGCUACAUUAUAUUCCGGUAACAGCAGAGCAGCGAGGGCAUUACUAGAUAUCGAUCCUUCAGAGGACAUCUAUCCCGACGAAGCUCUGCAGAGCUCUAUUGAUUACCCACAAAAAAUGAGAUUAAAAAAGUUCACAUCUUCACGCAAUUUAAUCUCAUAUCUUGCGGAGUUUGGAGACACGGUUAUAUUACGGAAAAUGCUAGAGACGCGUGAAUACAAGAAGUGUGACUACAGAACUUAUCUCAAUGGGCCGGUCAACCCUCUCCUCUACGCUUCAUCAGAGGCUGUCGUGGAGCUCCUCUUAGAAUUUGCGCAAGAUCUUCAUCCAGUCACCGGUUAUGACCAGAGCGAUGUAGCAACUAAUAUUAGUAUUACGGUGGGCGAUGAACCAGAUAACACGCCACCCUUGCAGCAAAUACUAGAACGCUGGUUUCUCCCUGGGCAAAGUUUCCUGGCAUAUGUGGCUGAGAGAGGAUUUGAACGGUUGGCAAGAGCUGCAUUCCAAAAGGUAGACUAUGAUGUCAACGAAACGAACGUGCUAGGACAAACACCAUUCUCCCUUGCGGCUCAAGGCCGCAUCAACCAUGCUGGCCGACUAGCGAUCAUGAACAGCCUGCACGAAGCACAUGCAAACCCAAAUACGCCAGACAAGUACGGCAGGACGCCCUUGCAUUACGCAGUACUGACACCAUUCAAUGAAGAGGUCAUUCAAUUCCUCGUAUCUAUACAUGAUGUCAACCUAGAGAAUAAAGAUCAUCAAGGGCUCACAGCACUUGCUUCAGCUGUUCUGGAAAACAGAAAGGGAUACAUCCAAAUCCUUCUUGCUGCUGGGGCUGAUCCCAUGCCCCGUUUGCCUGACGGGAGCACCAUGCUCAUAUAUAAUGUGAAGAAAGGAAACAUGGGAAGUUUCAGUCUCCUAUUCGGUGAUCCGAGAUUUGACCUUGAUGCCGUUGAUCUCUAUGGGCGUACAGCGCUCUCAUGGUGCGCGACAGUUGGGGACGAGGUGGCAGCUAAGAUGAUGUCAAUGCUUCUCGAAUCAGAGACAGUGGACCCUAAUUUACGAGAUAACGAAGGCCGCACAGCCUUGGAACGGGCAAUAUGCGCUGCUCAACCUACAAUGGUGAGCAUAUUAUGUUCACCCACGCAGUCCCUGGAUCUCAGGAAUAGCAAGGGGGAAAACCUCCUUGGGUUGGUCGCCGCUCUUUGUCGUAAGCAGAAUUGUCGCCAGUUUCACGAGAUAGCUAGACUGCUUCUUGCGUCAGGACACUUCAAACCUCGCUGGGGAAGGGGACAUCGAUAUCUAUUGCUAGAUCGCUGUGAGUCAUAUGGUUUGAAGGAAAUAUCACAGAUGAUAAAGACAUUCCUAGAAGGCGGCGAUUUGGGUCCACCAGUGAUGGGAUAUCCUCUACCAUAA